CUAUUCUAUACUGUGCUAUGAUUUACUAUUCAGUUAUUUCCAAAUAUUUUCGAAUCUGACAAGUGUCAUAAACACUACGAGUAUUAAAUUACUUUUUUAAAAUAUCAGUGAAAUGAAAAUACCUGUUUUCUGUUUAAUUAACAACACGCUGACGGUAUGCUGAUUGCCUGCCUAUUAACAGCAGGUGACAAUAACAGCAACAACACGCAGUCAGUACAACAUAACAUAAAGUGUGCUGAAGUAUUGACGGCGUGAGUUAACCGCAACGGAUACCAACAGACAACCGGGAGCGACUUCAAAACUGCACUCCCUUGCAAAGCGCCCAAACUGUAACGGAUAUGAAAUGUGGGGCGUAUGUGGGUGGGCUUGGAAAUUGACGAAUAUUAAAAGUUUGCAGCGUAGCAACGCCAAUUAGCAACAUUUUUCACCUUUGACCUGUUUGUAACAAGCUAACGUCCACGGUGUCACGAGCUUCGACAUAGCACGGCUGCGCGUUCAACAAAGACUUUGUAGCGUCUUUGUUGAACGCGCUUUGAAAAAAGAAAAAGAAUAUGAAAACGCAACAAAUUACAGGUGCGGAUGAAUAAGCUGAAUUGCAGCUCCAAACACAGCAGCGGCAAACCAUUAACAAAUAAAAAAGGGUGAGGUUCAACUACUACUGAAUCGUACAUUUAAAACUUUAAGGCAAAAAUGGUAGACCUUUUCCUUUAAGUGUUAAAAUUGAGAGAUGCGACAGCAUGCCUUGCAGCGUGGUCAAAGGCAGUACAACGAUCAUGAAAGUCAACUUCGUGGGCACUCACGAUAAUACCAAAUCAAUCAGAGCUGUGGUCCAUGCCACCGCUUUGGGGCUGACAGUGCCCUACCCAUUGCCCAAUGAUCUUGCUGAUGUCUGUCGCAAUUUGUUGUAUGGUGCCUCAUGCCCCAUCGAUGAAUCCGAGGAUGUCGUAUACAACUUCAACUUCGACGUUGAUUCGUCCUACCCAGAGGUCGGUGUAAAAGAAGAAUUGGAUUUGAUUGAUAAAAACCAGGACUCCGUGGCUUGCUUCGUCACCGAUAUUAAGUCCGGUCAAUUAGAUAUUCAAAGAACAUAAAUUUACGGCAAGAUGAAAGUGAGUGAAUAAGUUCAAAACACGAUUAAAAUUUAUAUAUUAUAUUAAGCUCCUCAUCGUUCUGGUAUGUGGUCAAAGGUGAAAUCAUGGGGUUUUGCGUUUUCAACGAAAUAGGAAGUGUUAUCAUAAAAAUACCUGAAAUAUAAUAAAAGAUCAUAAAAUUAAAUGUUUAUGAAAAAUAUAAAUGAAUACUUUUUUUCUAAGAGCCAUCGA